ACAUGUAUCAUAACAAACCUUACAAAUAUUUCAUCUAUUUUCGUUAUUACGUCAAAGUGCAUAUAUUUGUGAUUUUAAAUAUUUUUUUUCUAUAGUUUUGAAUGUAAUAAUAAGGAGAGGAAAUGGUUAGAGUGAUGUUAUAAUAAUGACAAUAUCAAUGAAGGAACAAGAUCAGAUGCCAGGGGAAAUGGUUUUCCCCGAGGCAAAAUUAAAAGCACUAGAGGAAAAAAUAUCACAUCCAAGAUGGGUUGUACCUGUAUUGCCAGAGCAAGAGUUAGAGGCUCUUUUGAUUGCUGCUACAGAAUUGGCGACAAGAGGUGAAGAUGUAAACAAUCUUGCGUGCCAGCAUUUCUACACAGAUUCAUUAACAGUUUCCUUUACGAAAAUUUUAACGGAUGAUGCGGUAUCAUCUUGGAAAAAUAAUAUUCAACAAUGUGUACGAUCGAACUGUGAAAAACUUGUGAAAUUAUGUGCUAUGAAGUUGGAUGACCCUAGAUUUCUACAUCUAUUGUAUAUGGCCUUCAAUCCUAAUAACAAAUUUCAUACAUUCAAUGCCUCUAGAACAUGUGAAGGGUUAUCAGUAACAAACUCUACAACUGCUGGGCAGGGCUCCACUCAGGAGACUGAAGUGUUUGCUAAAUCACAAGAUCAUCGAACACCUAGAGGAUGGCUGGUCCAUCUCAUAAAUGUAUUUGGUCAAGCCGGAGGUUUUGUUAAGCUUAGAGAAAGAUUUGAAAUGAUUAUGGGUUUCAAAAAAUCAGAUCUCACAUCAUCAGCAAUCAGUGAAGAAAAAGUAAUUAAUGAAAUAACAGAGAAGGAAAAUGAAGAAAAUAUAAGCAAUGUUACUGAAAGUAUCACAUCUCUACCUGAUAAUUUAGAGGGUUCCAUGACAAGGAGUGAACAGCCGUCAUCAUUGGAACAGUCAACAAGCGGUGAAACAUGUGUUAAUGCUGUUUGGCAACUUUUGCGACCUUUAGGCCUUUGUCAUGAACUUCUCACUCCACAUACUGUGACAGUUUACCUAUUACCAGUAUUGGAGUGCAUCCCAACACUUUUGGAAAGUCUUACUGAUGAAGAAUUGAAAAGAGAAGCCCGAGGUAGCGAAAAUAAGACUGACACUGUGUCCUGCCUCAUCAGAGCUUGCAAGUGUGUUUCUUUAAAGACUCCUCAGCAUCACAGUUUACUUAAAUCCUUAGAAAUGUUUCGACUCAAGAUGAUCCUACGACUGUUGCAAAUGUCUUCUUUCAAUGGAAAAAUGUCGGCUUUAAAUGAAAUUAAUCAGUUGAUAAGUACGAUAUCACAACAACCAAAACCAGAAUGGCUUACUCCCACUGUCAUAACGAAUUGGAUACGCGAAAAUAAAGUUGUAGAUAUAGUGUUGAGAGAUUCUCUGCAUCAACCCCAGUAUGUGGAGAGGUUAGAAAAAAUGCUUAGGUUUAUGAUCAAAGAAAACUCUUUGACGAGGGACGACCUGGACGCCAUCUGGAGGGCGCAACACGGAAAACACGAGGCCAUAGUCAAGAACCUGCACGAUCUUCUCGCCAAAUUAGCUUGGGACUUUACACCAGAUCAACUCGAUCAUUUAUUUGAUUGUUUUAAGGCUAGUUGGGCAACAUCCAGCAAGAAACAGAGCGAUAAACUCUUGGAAGUAAUACGCAGACUAGCCGAAGAUGAUAAAGAUGGCGUCAUGGCUAACAAAGUGCUGGUGCUCUUUUGGAAUUUGGCCCAUUCUGACGAAGUAUGCACGGAGAUUAUGGACGUGGCGUUAGCGAAUCUUAUCAAAAUACUCGACUACAGUUGCAGCCAAGAUCGUGAUGCACAAAAGAUACUGUGGCUUGAUAAGUGCGUGGAAGAGUUGAAAAGCAACGACAAGUGGGUUCUGCCGGCGUUGAAGAUGAUGCGUGAGAUCUGCUGUCUGUACGACGCGGGGGGCGGGGCCGGCGCCAGGCCGCACGUGACGCGCCAGGAGCUCAUCGACCGCCUGCAGACACAGCACUCGCUCGUCAUACUCGUCACCGACUCACUGACGCACUACAUGAACGUCGUGCGAACCAAGCUGGCCGGAGAGGGCUCAAUAGAUUGGGAGAAUUGGCUUCCAGACGGUCGUUACCCACAUGCUGCUCAGGUUCACGAAAGGCUAAGUUUUCUACGGUUUUUGCUGAAAGAUGGGCAAUUAUGGCUUUGUGCGGAACAGGCAAAGCAAAUUUGGAUAUGCUUAGCGGAAAGGCCUGCGCAUUUGGGGGACCGCGAAGCUUGUUUUCGUUGGUUUAGCAAAUUAAUGGGUGAAGAACCAGAUCUGGAUCCAAAUAUAAACUUGCAUUUUUUUCGGAGGAAUAUUAUGACAUUAUCACCUAGCUUAUUAACUCAUUCCGGAAUCAAAUGCUUUGAGAGAUUUUUUAAAGCAGUAAAUUCAAAAGAAGGCAAGCUUAAGGCUAAACGUCGUAGUUUUUUAAUUAAUGACGCUGAUCUCAUAGGAUUAGACUAUUUAUGGAGAGUAAUAACAGAGUGCGACGACGAGAUAUCAGCGCGCGGAAUAGAGCUGCUGCGCGAGGUGUGCACGUGCACGGGCCCGCAGCUGUCGGCCGCCCACCACCACGAGGCCUUCCUUACACACUGCUGUGCGCGCACACAGAGACUGCAGAAAGAUAUGGAUACGCAAGAUGAUGUCUCGGAAUGUUGUACUAGAAUGUGUAGAGUAAUUCGUGCCAUACAAGAAUAUAUAAACGAGUGUGAUAGAAGAUUCACUUCAGAGCGACAGAUACUGCCAGUGUACAGGUCGGGAAGGGGCAGGCAAUGCACUAUUAUAGUAAGAUUUAACUUUCAAACUGGACAAAGGCAAAUAGACGAUAUAGAACUGUUCUCGCAUUCAAACGAAACACUACAUUCGCUUCGUACGGCGGUCCAGAGAAGAUUAAAGUGCGCUUCUGAAAAUAAUAUAAAAAUAGAAAUGUACAUAAAUAAAUUAGAACUAUAUGUGAACGGGGAGCUACUAGACACAAGUCACGAUCGUAAAAUACUCUCUCAGAUACCUCUUAGAGAUAAAACUGUCAUUAUUGCUAAGGUUUAUGAUGGACAAGUAUGCGGAAGUGGUGGCUGCGGAUCCUCAAACGAAUCGAGCAGUGACUCCAGCAUCUCAUCCCCACCACUCCCUCCUACCCCAGAACAUGCUCUACCUGGCGUUAUUUUCGCUCAAGGCUCGUGGUAUUUACCUUUCAUUCUGGAGUUGGAGCAUGUCGGCAUCACAAAGGGACACGCCCCGCUAACAGAGGCCGCUCAUUUACUAUCGCAAAUAUGUCCUAGUCACAAACAAACCGUCGAAAAAUUAACUGAAGCUCUUUUAAGUCGUGAGGAUACUAAGUUAAGGGACAUGCUAUAUGGACCAGCCCCACCCACCGUUGCCUAUAAUGUUGAGGUCCUAUAUAGCAUGGUGAUGCCAUCGUCGGAGACUAGACUAGAAAGAAAUAGAAGUUUCCAGCUGGCCUGUGUAAAAAAAGCUCCGCUGUUAGUGCAGUGCUUAUCAGACAAUGAUUUUUUGAAAGAUGCUGCACCACACACGAGACGAGUCGGAUAUUUAGCUUUAGUAAGACUGGCGAAAUUGGCUUUGUACACAUUGGGACAUUUGUUUGAAAUUCUUGCACCAGACGGUUCCGACACCUCUUUAGAUAAAGAAUUUAGGAUGGAUGUGACAAUAUUAAGGGAGGCACUGCAAACUGUUCCGAAUCAUAAUUGUGAGCUUGUUGUAAAGGCAAUUGCCGAAAAGCUAGCCAACACCCUUGGAGAGCAGAUGGUGACAAGCAGUGAAGAGAGCCACUCAGUAUCGUCGUUGGUGUGGUGGCGCUUGCCCACUAUGGCCACCGUUCGCGCCCUCUAUGGCCUCGCCUACUCUGUGGCACAACCCGACCCAGACGGACUAGUGCACUCCGAUGAUGUUAUAUUGGUUCGAGAAUGUAUGGAAGUUGUCACGAUUUGCAUGGCGCUAGGAGGAGGACAUCUCGAAUCACUUCUACAUGAAACCUGGUGGCAGGAUACCGCGCUGUACUUAAUGAUCGAUUGUCCCAAUCCUCAGGUGCGCGUGUCAUGCGCCGAGCAACUGUUGUCGAUGUGUGCGUGGGGUGGGGGCGGGGGCGCGCGGGGGGCGCUGGCGGCGCUGGGCGGGGCUCGCGGGGCCGCCGCGCCGCGUCUCACCACACACGCCAGACACGCACAGCAGUUCCUACAGCUGCUGUGUCGACUGGUGGCACUCGCAGGACCCACCGCGAGAACACUGGAGGAUCUCGCUAUUGAAGUGGAGUACUUGCGUGCCGUCCGCGAUAAUCCUGCAACUUUAGAUGACACUUUAUUGGAAGGUCAUCUCAAUCUUACCAAAGAAUUAUUCACCCACGUCCCGGCUCAGGUGAAGUUCCAAUACGGCGCACAUCCUGACCACAAAGACUCGGGCCUCAUUAGGGAAGUGACAACUGAGUUCCUGUGGCCGUAUUCGUGGGCGUGGUGUCAUAUGAGUAACGAACUGUCUGGCGACGAGGACGGCACUAGCGAGGAGGAGUGUGAGGGUGUAGCCCCGCUCUGCCGUACACCCGGCGCCGCAGCCGCUGCAACCGAUCUACUGCUGGCUCUGGUGCAUGCUUGCGUUCCUAAUAUGGCUGCGCUUGCCAACUUACUUGAACAGAUGUUCUAUAGUGAUAAAAACAUGGGUCUAUCCGAGUGGGAGUACAUGCCUUGCGUGGGACCGCGGCCGCCGGCCGGGCUGGUGGGUCUGAAGAACGCGGGCGCCACGUGUUAUAUGAACUCCGUGUUACAACAACUGUACUGCGUGCGAGCUGUACGGGACGUGCUCCUAACAGUACAGGGGGCUGCUACUGACCCAAAUGAAGAUUUUUCCGGCGAAACGCAUCAUCACAGUAUUUUGGAAAAUAACACAGAGAAUAACGCAGACUAUAAUAUCACUAUACUUAAACAAGUGCAGGCCAUAUUUGCCCACUUACAUUAUAGCAAACUUCAGUAUUAUGUACCCAGGGGGCUUUGGGCACACUUCAGGUUACAAGGUGAACCCGUGAAUUUACGUGAACAGCAAGAUGCCGUGGAGUUUUUCAUGUCUCUGGUGGAAUCCCUCGAUGAGGCUUUAAAAUCGUUGGGACAAGAACAACUUAUGGCGAAAACGAUGGGAGGAACAUACUCCGAUCAGAAAAUUUGUAAGGGAUGUCCACACAGGUAUUGCAAAGAAGAACCAUUCAGUGUAGUUUCCCUGGACAUAAGAAAUAUGUCGCGCUUGCAAGAAUCUCUGGAAGCGUACGUCAGAGGAGAGCUUCUGGAGGGGGCCGAUGCUUAUUACUGCGAUAAGUGUAACAAGAAGGUUGUAACCGUGAAACGUCUGUGUCUCAACAAAUUACCGCCAGUCCUAGUCAUACAGCUGAAGAGAUUCGAAUACGACUUCGAGAAAGUUUGUGCAAUAAAAUUCAACGAUUACUUUGAAUUUCCGCGAGAGUUGGAUGUAGAGCCGUACACGGCGUGGGGUCUGGCGCGAGCCGAGGGCGACGCGUCCCUGUGGGAGGGCGGAGAACGUACGGAGACUCACUACCAGCUCAGCGGGAUCGUGGUUCACUCCGGCCAGGCCUCCGGAGGACACUACUAUUCAUAUGUACUACUUAGAGACAACGCCGGUGACGCGGGUCGAUGGGUGAAGCUGGACGAUGGCGAGGUGUCGGAGUGCGCCAUGCAUGAUGACGACGAAAUGAAGGCUCAGUGCUUCGGCGGAGAGUACAUGGGAGAGGUAUUUGAUUCGACCAUAAAGAGGGUGUCAUACAAGAGACAGAAGAGAUGGUGGAACGCUUACAUGCUGUUUUACACACGAAAGGACAUGAUUGAUACAUCCGGCCUCGAGAGAAUCAUGCAAAACGUAACACUCAAGGAAAGUGCCAUACCCAAACCUAUCUGGAAUUCGGUUCGUCGCAGUAAUAUCGCUUUCUCACACAACCAGGACCAGUUCAGUUUGGAACAUUUUAAUUUCAUGAAGAAGCUAUGUUGUAUGCGUAUGCAAGUGUUACCCGGCUCACAGAGCGCGGUAUGGGGCCCAGAGCACGAGGAAAUGUCGAUGUUAGCUGUACAGUUAGCAGCUAAAUUCUUGUUUCAAGUUGGUUUCCAUACAAAGAAAACACUACGUGGACCCGCUGCAGACUGGCAAGACAUACUCUGCCAGCAUCUGAGAUGUUCUCAGGCAGUCAGAACUUGGUUUGCGACCGACCUGUUCAAACAUUCUCACAGGUUAUGUGACUACUUACUGUCGUGUCCAUCGGCUGAAGUAAGAGUUGUAUUUAUGAAAAUCAUCGUGUUUUUGGCUCAUUUCUCCAUACAGGACUCGCCAGUGAGCUGCGGCUACGGGACGUGGUGUUCACGCGAGGAGGCCACCUCUCUAUCGGAUCAGGUUAUAUGUGCUGCUCGUGCGUUGGCGGUGCCUCACGCACACGCACACGACCACCGACACCUGCCGCUGCUGUUCAACCUAUUCCACGCGUACGCUAUGCUGGGAUUGGGGGAGAGACACCAGCUGCUUAGGCUCAAGAUACUCGACAUAGUACUGACAGUCUGUUUGGAAGAUUCGUCCUCGUCGCUUGGAAAAUAUCAGUAUCCGGAAUCUGCUAAAAUACAUCAGGUUGUCUGUGCAUUGGUGCGUUGUUGUGACGUGAGCGCUCGUUGUCAGUCGGCUAACGCCAGUGAGGGCGUCCUGCCGCUGGCGAACCCGUACGCGGACGCGGCGCACGCGCACUCCCCGCGACCCGCACUGUCCGCAGCCGCAGCUGACGUGCUCUACAACCGCACCGGGUCUUACAUGAAGAAACUUACUGAGGAGUGCUGCGGGUGUGAAGAGGGUAUCCGACUGCUUCAGUUCAUGUGCUGGGAGCAUGCUGGCUGGUCUCGCAUGGCGCUGGCCGAGCUGCUGUGGCAGAUGGCGUACGCGUUCUGCCAUGAACUGCGGAGACACGCGGACGCACUCACGGCACUCCUUCUAAUGGAAGAUAGUUGGCAGCAUCACAGGAUACACAACGCUAUCAAGGGCGUGUCAGAGGAGCGACCCGGGCUUCUUGAGACAGCAUUGCGGGCGCGAAGUCACUACCAAAAACGAGCGUAUGCUUGUGUGAAGUUGGUUGUAGGAGUAAUGUGUCGCACUCCGCUCGCUGUACGAGCUGUGCACGCGCAGUCCGACGCGCGAAGACGUUGGAGACAACUUCUAGCGUGGCUACAGGACGAGCUCGAACGCAAGUAUGGAUCCGGAGGUUACGGGUCAUACGGUACUUGGUCUCCCCCCAGCCUGUCCAACGAAACGUCAAGUGGAUAUUUCCUGGAGCGUAGCAACUCAGCAAGAAAGACUCUCGAAAAGGCCUAUCAACUCUGUCCGGAGGAGGAAGAAGAAGAAGAGGAGUCGCGAGAUGCCGGCUCGGGCUCGGGCUCCGGCGAGGCCGGUGACGAAAGUGGUGACGACGAUGCCCCCGAUGACGAGGAGCCCGCGCCGCGCCGCCUGCAGCUUGCGCCACCCGCCCCGCCUGCGCCUCCAGCACCUCCGGCACCUCCCGCGCCGCCCGCCGGCCUGUGAGCCUCAUGCUCUAGUCCGCGUCUCGCUGCCGCGCCCACGCCACGCUCGCGCCACGCCCGCGUCAAGCCCGACCGUAGUUUUGUUCUGUGAUGUUAACGUUACGUGUAUACUCGACGACUGGCGACGCCCGGCCCGCGGCUCCGUCGACGCUCCGUUUACUUUUAAUCGUUUAUGUAACAUAAUGUUCCGCUUUAAAAGUACCAUAGUAUUUAUUUUAUUCUUUUUAAGACUUAUUCAUUACUUAUUAUUCGAUAGAAGAAUUUAUUUUCGAUCUACGAGUAGCAUAUUUUAAAUGUUUUUAUUACAAUAAAGUGAUAACGUGUUCCAACUAAUUCCGAUUCCAUGUACACGCAUCUAACAAAGCCACGUUUUAUUACACGUUCCUUCGACCAUUGCAUCCGAAAAGUAUGAACUAUGAAUUUCAAAAACUAUUCCUAUAAGGAAGUAUCUUUAAAUAAGUUUGGAAUCAAUGUAGUGUUACAAGAGAGUUAUAAAAGCUGUAUAGAGUUUUAAUCGAAAACUGAAAACAUAUUAAAUUUUAUUCAGAAGUUAGUUAUAAAGUGAUUGCUAACAGAAAUUUGGAUUAUAAUUGAACCGGAAAAAAAUAAUAAGUUUAUAAUGUUUUAUAAAAAUAACUAAUAAUUUUUAUUGUAUAAACGACAGAUUUUAAUUAUAAUGAACGGUUUCCGAUACACAACAAAUGUAACCAAAAGGAGUACGUUUAUGGAAUUCAUUGAGUCUUCAUCACUAUUAUGUUAGCAAUAGUCUUUUUUUUCGUUUUCUGGUGUAAUUUAAUUUUUAUUAUUUAACCUCCUUAGAUGUAAUGCAUAAUUUAUAUAAAAAUAUCUUAUUUAGUUACACGUUGACUGCACAUUGAGAUGAUUAAGGCCGGAUUAUAAGAUUUCGGCGUAUAGGCACUGUGCGUUAAUGACGUUUUUAUGACUUUAUUGCUAGCUUUAUAUUAGUAACAAAGCGUGUAGAGAGUGUAGAUAUGAUAGCGGUAUUACACACUAGUCUAACAGGAAAAUGUUGCCACGUCGACUUUCUGCUUUGUAUUAUAUGUUAUUUAUUUUUAUAUUUCAUAAAAGUGGUUGUAUAUUUUUUCCUUUAUUUUAGUGGUUAAAUCGUGGCGUCUUUCAGACUAUCAGGAUCAAUAUGGCGUUGUUUGCGUUAGGACAACGAGAAAUAUUCCGAUACAUUUUACAGCACUUCAUGCUCGGUGAACACAGCGAACUAUUUCAACCACACUUAUUAGACUGUGUAGUGAGUAAUAAUAUAUAUAUAUAUAUUUUGUUUAAAAUAAUUUUAUUCUAUAUUUAUAGUUACUGCAAUAAAUGUAUUCGAUAAUGUUAAACCACUGAUUGUUGGUUCCGUACAGCUUGUUACACGUUAGGAACGUAUCGAUCGGAUAUUAAUUAAUGAAUAUUGGUCGUCGAGACCUCGUGCCUUAUAUUAAUUUCCGUUGCUCAAUUUGUUACACCUGAUAGUCUGUGCCGUCUUUAAAAAAAAAAAUGUAUCUUCAAAUCUCAAUAAGAUCAAUUUCAAAUCAUUAACGCUUGGCUUAACGUUUUGUAGAUAUUUUAACACAAUAAAUCUUAACGCUUGCAUUAGUGUGAUUAUGUAACUGAAGCAUUUUGUAUUAUGUAUAGCUUGGUGCAGUGUCGGUUAGUUGUUGUUAUCUUUAUUACCAAAGAUGCAUAUGUAAGAUGCUGGGCGUUCGGCGACCCUCUCUUCAUAGCUUAGUGAUCGAAAUGUUUUGUAUCUUUUAUAAAACGCAAAAAGUUAAGGAGUUUUUUUUUUUCUUUUUGUUAACAAAUGAAAAUUGUGAUGGAUCUUAGGAUUAGAUAGGUGAGAUAAAUGUGUUGGUGAGACUUGAUACAGAAACUGCCAAAUACAUUCUACAAAUGUCGAACAUGUGGGAGAUACAAAAUCGUGUAAAUAAUCAUAAUGACCAUUUAAAAAAAAAAUCUUUUUUAUCGUUGUAUAACCAAAUAAUGUUUUUGAAAUGAUAAAUACAGUUGUUUUCAUUUUUAAAAUGCGUUUUGAACGUAAGUUUGCGUGGAAUUUCCAUAAGUAAAUAGUACAGCAAGUAGAGCCGAGCCAGUUGGUUGAUUUACAAAGAACGCAUGCCUCACCUGAACAGUGGAAAAAAAAAAAAUAUUAUUCAUAGAUUUAUUAUAAGUUGAGUUUUGUAUACAGUAUAAUGUUUCUAUGGCAGAUAUGUAACGAAUGGCAUUUGACAUUAAAGAAUGCUCACUGAAAGCAUUCACACGAAUAUAAUACAUCAGAAAAUAAAUUACGAAAAUUCAUAA